GAAUGAGAAACCCAAGAUAAUCCAAAGCAUGGACAUGAUGAUUAUCCCGCCAUGUCCUACAAUUCCACGUCAUUCUCAAUACACUCAUCAUUGUCACUGCCUAAAUGCUUUAGCUUUUUGACAAGUUCCGUUAUACUUACAAAAAUUGCCGUCUAUUCUACACUAAAGUAGAUGCUCGCCAUUGUUGCAUCUUUGGCUACUUCUCUUGUAGCUUAAUCUUGUUUCUCACUCUUCUCCUCCUAUUUAUUUGAUCUUCGGCUACUUACAGUCUUCAUCUGGGCUUUUAGAUUUUUUUUCUUUUGUUUUUCUGGCAGUUGUUCCUUUGUGUUAUUCAUGGCACACACUCUUGGUCUUACUCAACCAGCAAACAUAGAACUCCCCAAGAUCUCUUUUGCUGCAAAAGAGAUCGAUGUGGCAGAAUGGAAAGGGGACUUACUUGCAGUUGGGGUCUCUGAAAAAGACAUGACCAAAGAUGAAAACUCCAAGUUCCAAAACCCAAUUUUGAAAAAAUUAGAUGGCCUGUUGGGUGGUCUCUUAGCUGAGGCCUCUUUUGAGGAGGAUUUCACAGGGAAAGCUGGCCAGUCCUUGGUUCAUAGACUUCCAGGCCUUGGCUCCAAAAGGGUUGGUUUGUUUGGCCUUGGUCAGUCAGCUUCAUCGCCAGCUGCUUUUCAUGGUCUUGGUGAGGCUGUUGCUGCAGCUGCAAAGACUGCUCAAGCCAGUGGUGUCGCCGUCAUCCUUGCCUCUUCAGAAUGUCCUUCCGCCAUGUCGAAGGGAAACACUGCUGCGGCUAUUGUAUCUGGGACGGUGCUGGGAUUAUAUGAAGAUAAUAGAUACAAAUCUGAGUCAAAGAAACCACAGCUUAAAUCUCUGGAUAUUCUUGGUCUUGGAACUGGACCAGAGAUAGAGAAGAAGAUAAAGUAUGCUGAAGUUGUUUCUUGUGCUAUAAUAUUUGGAAGGGAGCUUGUGAAUUCACCAGCCAACGUACUUACCCCUGCUGCAUUAGCCGCAGAGGCUUCAAAGAUUGCUUCACUGUACAGUGAUGUUCUGUCUGCAAACAUCUUGACUGAAGAGCAAUGCAGGGAAUUGAAGAUGGGAUCUUAUCUCGGAGUUGCUGCAGCAUCUGCAAAUCCUCCUCAUUUUAUUCAUUUAUGCUACAAACCACCAAGCGGACCUGUUAAAACCAAGUUAGCAUUAGUUGGAAAAGGAUUGACUUUCGACAGUGGUGGCUACAAUAUCAAGACUGGACCUGGUUGCUCGAUCGAAACCAUGAAAGCAGACAUGGGAGGUUCGGCAGCUGUUUUUGGUGCGGCAAAAGCCCUUGGACAAAUCAAACCUUCUGGAGUAGAGGUUCAUUUUAUUGUUGCAUCUUGUGAAAACAUGAUAAGUGGAAAGGGUAUGAGGCCUGGAGAUAUUGUCACAGCUUCAAAUGGAAAGACAAUUGAGGUUAAUAACACUGAUGCAGAAGGUAGGCUUACACUAGCAGAUGCUUUGGUUUAUGCUUGCAACCAAGGUGUUGAGAAGAUAGUUGACCUGGCAACACUAACCGGGGCUUGUGUUGUUGCUCUUGGACCCUCAAUUGCAGGCAUCUUCACACCCAAUGAUGAUCUAGCAAAGGAGUUAUUUCAAGCAUCAGAGGCCAGUGGUGAGAAAUUUUGGAGGAUGCCAUUAGAGGAAAGCUAUUGGGAAUCAAUGAAAUCAGGAGUUGCUGAUAUGGUAAAUACCGGCGGUCGUCAAGGCGGUGCUAUCAAUGCAGCUCUGUUCUUGAAACAAUUUGUUGAUGAAAAAGUAAAGUGGAUGCACAUUGACAUGGCUGGGCCUGUCUUGAAUGAUAAGAAGCAUGUGGCAACUGGAUUUGGCAUCUCAACUUUGGUGGAAUGGGUUCUGAAGAACUCUUCUUCUUAAAUGAAAGCUUGGAACAUGCUCUGUUGUGACGGUGGCAGACCGAAAAAGGAGAACAACCUGUUCGAGGUUGUUGGGUUCUGUAAGAUCUGUCCGAUAAAUAAGAAGCUUGUUGUUCGAAUACUGCUCUGUUUUCUUUUGCUUUUUGUAGCUUGUUCCUACAAUGUUAUAACUACAUAAAAGCUUUUUUACCAAUAAAUCUCUUUCCUUCUCAUGUUU